AUGACGACGAGCGAGGAGCAGCCGUGUUCGCUGGGAGUCAUUCCUUACCUCCUGUCCCCUGAUUGCAAGAAACACCUGCAGUGGAUAGAGAACGCGCUGGGCGGCAAGACGCAGCAGAUCAUGCACAAGCUUCCGACGGACACCAAAGUGAUGCACAGCUCUGCAAUCCUCAACGAGGGGCUGGUCUAUCUGGCCGACGGCGAGAGCCGAGAAGUCAAAGACGUCGAAAACCUCGUUCUCCACCUCGAAGUGAAGGACGCUGAGACCACGUGGAAGCGCGCGCACGCCAACGGCGCCAGCACCUGCAUGGAUUUGAAAGUGCAGUCUUGGGGUUCGCUCUACGGACAGUUCCGAGACCCGUUCGGCUUCGUGUGGAGCGUCUCCGAAGGUCCUGCGAGCGGCGUGACGGCCUACUUGCUCGCGCCGAGCGGGGUAACGUGCGAGAGCAUGAUCGGCUGGGUGAACGAGGUCUACGGCGGACAGACGAAGGGGACGCACUACUGGCCGGACGGGAAAAUCAUGCACUCCGAAAUCUCCGUCAACGGCGGGAGACUGUUUAUGUCGGAUGGUCCUCCUGAGCGUGCGGAGACCUCAGACCCUCCCCACCAGCCUUUCAUUCUGCACAUGGACCUUGGCAUGCCUUCCUCCACGUGGAAGCGAGCUCUUGAGAAAGGCGCCACUUCCGUCAUGGACCUGAAAGUCCAGGAGUGGGGCGAUCUGUAUGGGAUGCUGCGCGACAGCUCUGGGUUCCGCUGGGGACUCAUGGAGCCAAAGGAUGCGACGCCUGUCCGCGGGGUAAUCCCUUCCUUCAUGACUCCAGACUGCGCCAAACACGUCGAGUGGAUCAAGACUGUCUUCUCGGGGAAAGUGCGCCAACUAUUCAACAGUCCAGAAGGGAAGGUAGCCCACUGCAUGAUGGAGGUAAACAAGGGCCACAUCUAUCUCGGUGACGCUGCGUGUGCCCUCGAGGAAGGAAAGAACUCUCUGGGCGAGCCUCGCGGGGUUUCGUUUCAGUUGGAGCUCGCUGACCCUGACACCAUCUGGAAGAAGGCCAUGGACAACAAUGCCACUGUAGUGGUUCCACUCAAGAUGCAGUUCUGGGGCGAGCUGUUUGGGAGCUUCAAAGAUCCCCUGGGCUACGAGUGGGCCUUGAGAAGGCCUUCGAUACUGGCCAAGAAGACUGAAGCCAAGGAUGCCAACAGCACCGAAUUAAAGUGA